UGGCGCCCAAGAUACGGCCACACUGCAGCCCCACGCUUCAAUUUGUUUGUGCGAAUUUGUGAAACUGCACAUAAAAUGCCGGAAGAACCAGAGAAAACGGCGGACGACAAGCGCAGUCACUUGCCCUGGAUUGAGAAGUACCGCCCCGUGAAGUUCAAGGAGAUAGUGGGUAAUGAGGAUACCGUAGCAAGAUUAUCAGUAUUCGCCACCCAGGGAAAUGCACCCAAUAUUAUUAUUGCUGGUCCUCCAGGCGUGGGCAAGACAACCACCAUCCAGUGUCUUGCUAGGAUUCUUCUGGGAGACAGCUACAAGGAGGCUGUCCUCGAGCUGAAUGCCUCCAAUGAACGAGGAAUCGAUGUGGUCCGCAACAAGAUCAAGAUGUUUGCUCAGCAAAAGGUGACAUUGCCGCGGGGCAGGCACAAGAUUGUGAUUCUGGACGAGGCAGACAGCAUGACGGAGGGUGCCCAGCAGGCACUGCGCCGGACCAUGGAGAUCUACAGCAGCACCACUCGUUUUGCCCUGGCCUGCAACACCAGCGAGAAGAUCAUAGAGCCUAUCCAGUCCCGCUGCGCCAUGCUACGAUUCACCAAGCUGUCCGAUGCGCAAGUUCUGGCCAAGCUCAUCGAGGUGGCCAAGUGGGAGAAGCUCAACUACACAGAGGACGGACUGGAGGCCAUCGUGUUCACUGCCCAAGGUGACAUGCGACAGGGACUGAACAACCUGCAGUCCACCGCCCAGGGAUUUGGCGACAUCACAGCUGAGAACGUCUUUAAGGUCUGCGACGAGCCCCACCCGAAGCUCCUGGAGGAGAUGAUCCACCAUUGCGCUGCCAACGACAUACACAAGGCGUACAAAAUCCUGGCCAAGUUGUGGAAGCUGGGAUACUCGCCGGAAGACAUCAUUGCGAACAUAUUCCGGGUCUGCAAGCGCAUCAACAUCGAUGAGCAUCUAAAGCUGGACUUUAUCCGUGAGAUUGGCAUGACCCACAUGAAGAUUAUCGACGGUAUCAACUCGCUGCUGCAGCUCACCGCCCUCCUGGCCAAACUCUGCAUUGUCGCAGAGAAGCAUUAGAUUUAAUAUGAACUAUAGGUUAAAGAAAUCUCAGAUAAAUAAAAUUGGAGAUGAGGAA